GAAUGCGAUACAUGCAUCACAUACAAGAAUUAUUAUCAGCUGGCGAGAUAGUAUCACAACAUUAACUAUUUCGUGUUUGCGUAACAUGGAACUCCUGUGACCUCCAUUUCUGACCACGAUAUUAUUGCAGCUAUGGGUUCAGUGGUUCAAACAUACAUUUUUCUCGUCGCGACAGUCGUUUCGGCACUAGCGCAGCCAGACACGCAACCAGCACAGGGAGAUCCGUUAAUGAAGACUGGCAGUCGUCCAUAUGUUAGCUACGAUUUCACGAUUCAAAUACGAGCCAGGGCGGAAGAAUGUUUUCAUCAAUAUACAUCAGUUGGGUCAAUAAUCAACGUAGAAUACGAGGUCUUAUCUGCAAGUUCUCGCGGGAGGAGUUAUGAUAUUGAUUUCAUUUUGAGAGGUCCCACUGGCCAAAUGAUGAAGAGGAUUUCAGGCGAGGAAGAUGGGUCUUACAAAGUAACGAUAACAAGAGAAGGCGUUUAUACCAUGUGUUUUGACAAUGGGGCCAGCAAGUUUACUGCUAAGAACGUGUAUAUAGAAAUUACUAUAAUCCAGCGUGGGGAGUGGAGGAAAUACAUUGAAAUGCAGCGUGGGGAGGUUGAGGCGGAAGAAGAUGCAGAAGAAGAAGUGGAAACAGCUUUGGACACCGUGGCGGAUUCGAUGGUGGAUAAAAUUGAGACUAUCGCCGAUUUGAUUGAUGAUAUGAUAUUCAAACAGGUGUCUACCAGGAGGAUCGCAAUAAAAGACUGGUAUCUCGUGAUCCAAAACAAUUCAUACGUACAGCAAUGGUCAAUAAUCCAAUGUAUUGUCAUUGUCGCCGCAUCGGUCUUCCAAACCUUUUUUGUACGACGUCUGUUUAAUAUAAAGACAGUAACUCCGACGCAGAAACCCCGUGCGUAAUAGUGGUAUUGUAUCAGUCAAUGAAUAUCCAGCGUAUGAAUACAUUUUCACGUCACUUUGUAUGAGGGAGCUACGUUAUCUCAAGAAUUUGUAUAGAAUAAAACAUUGUAUCUGGUUAUUGGAAAUUUAACAACGAAUCUUUCGGCAACGAAUCUUCCUUUUUAAUGGCGUGCCAUCUGGUUGGCAACCACCGUCCAUUUAAAAUAGGGAUUGGAUGGCAGUUCGAAUAUUUUCACAAAUUUCACUUGUCAUGAAAAAUAGAUUAUAUGGAAUAGAAGCUGACUACACCCAUCCAUCUGUUUUAUGUAGACAACUCCGAGCCAUGUUUACAAAAGUAGUUCUUUAUCUCACCCAGAAUUGUUUUUUUCUUUUCUCUACUCAUGUAGUAAAUCACAAUUCUUCCCCAUUUUUUGUCAGUUAUUAUGUAACUGUAUGUUAUUUGUCUAUGCCUGUGACUACAUUUUAACAUGCAGAUAGACUUUAUUUCAUUUUAGAAAUAUUUCAAAAUGUCUAAUUUCUUCUGCCUCAACAUUCUGAAAUGUGGAAAAGUUGGAAAAGUUUUAAU